UUCAAUUUUGCAAGCUACCGGAUAAUUAUAUCGUUACUGACAAUAGCAGAAUUUGCAGCGUAAGAUGGUUUUCGAUAACUCCAAAAUCAUCAUACAUAUUACAUUUAUUUAAAUAUUUCCAGCUCCAUUUCAACUACGAAGACCUUUACCGUAUAUCCGAAAACGGCAGGCUAAUGAGGCUACCCAAUUCAGUUCCGAUAUACGAAAUCGUUGCGAAUUUCGGCACCGGUGUUUCGGAUCCGCCUAAUGUUGUGGGCCUGGAAAGCACAUCCAAAGAUUCAUUGGGAACUAGCUCCGGAACAACAUUAACGGCGUUCUCGACGGAAUGUUCUCAGCCCUCUAAAACAGUUGAAAAACUUGUCCGAACAGUAUACAAGCUCAAACAACGGGAUUUGCGGAAGAGCAAGACUAUCAAACUUCUCCGGCAAAACUUAGCGCGUAUAAAGAAGGUGACCGGUAAUAAGGAUGAUGCUGCUGUAGAGUACGAAGUAGAAGUAGAUAAUAAAUAA